GAUCGCAGAGCAUCACGUCCCGACCACCACGCCACCAUGGUUCGCCUUUUGCACGCACGGCGUGCGGUGCUGGCGACCGUGGAGGUGAACGAUGGCCAGCUACGAGUCACCUCUGUGGGACCUUUGCGCCAGUUGUGGUUUCAGGGCAAGGACGGGCAACACCUUCAAACAGAGGUGGUGCUGAGGGACGGUCAGGUGGACCUCAGACGUUCCUUGAGGCGUACCCCAUAUUUGAACUUCAUGGCCGCACAGCUGCGCUCUGCCGAUGUGAAAGAAGUGCUGGUCUGCGGUUUGGGUGGCGGCUUGCUGCCUCAUGUGCUGAGCUCCUGGGGAAUUCAGGUCUUAGCCCUGGAGCGCUCCGGGGAAGUGCUUGACUUGGCGCGACGCUUCUUCGGCCUCGCUCCGGCGGUGACGCCCCUGGAGAUCCAAAAAAAUCUCCGUGGAAGACUUUGAGCCCAGGCAUAGUGCCUUUGAUGCCUGCGUGCUCGACAUCUUCGAGGGCCGCACAGAGGCCGUCCCCGCCUUCACCAGGUCCAAAGACUUCCUUUCGUCCUUGAAGAGAGCUUUGAGGCCUGGAGGCCGGGUCCUGCAAAACGCCAUCGACGCCGUCGAGGGACCCUGGCGACUGAGCACCAGGCCACAGCCAUCGCGGUCGCGCCACGGCGAAGCCGUGCGCUGCACCGCGCGGGUGCGCCACGGCGCACCGGCCGGACCGUUGAGACCUGUGACCUACCAACGACGCAACGAGGACUUGCAGCUGCUGAAAGAGGCCUAUCGAGAGGUCUUUGACACAGUCACAGUGCACAGGCCCGCUUCCUGGACACCGGGCAUUGUGAUCGCUGCAAGGAAAAGG